GUUCUUUAACUCUCUCUGUCAUUUUCUCUUUCUUCUUCUUCUUCUUUCUUUAAUCAGAGCUUUGGGAUUGAGCUUCUGUAAGGGUUUGGAACCGAGACUGAGCUUGUUUUUGAAGAAGAAAAAGGUUGAAGUUUUUGAAUUUGGAGGACUUUCAAUUUGGGGAUUUUGUUGGAUUUUUUUUUUUUUUUUUUGCUAAGUAGAUGACAAUGGAUCCGCGUCUUAGGGGAUUUUCUAGCUCCAUCAAUGGAGUUCAUACGGGAAACCAACCUCUUUCGGUUCUUCCGAAUCCGAAUGUUAUGGCCGUGCCCCGAUUCGAUAUCAUUGGGAAUAAUAGUCACAAUGGCUUUUUGGAUCCUAGCCAUAGUAGAUUUCAUUACCCUUCAACUGAUCUGACCCCAAUUGAUAGUGGAAAUUCGAUUUCGGGUGCGAGCCAUGAGGAAUUUUCCCCUGAAGACUGUGACUUUUCGGACACGGUGUUGAAGUACAUAAGCCAGAUUCUCAUGGAGGAGGACAUGGGGGAUAAAACUUGUGUGCUUCAAGAGUCUUUAGAUCUUCAGGCUGCUGAAAAGCCGUUCUACGAAGUUCUUGGGAAGAAGUAUCCGCCUUCCCCAGAACAGAACUAUGGUUACAUAUUUAACAAUGGUGAUAGCCCAGAUGAAAAUUUCGCUGGAAAUUGCACCAAUUACACCACUAGUAGUUACAAUAGUCGUGAAUAUUUGGGUGAUAAUACCAUGAGUCAAAAUCUAAGUGAAUACACCUCUCAAUUACAAUAUCUUCCUGUUUAUGGAAUUUCCCAAUCAUCUUACUGCUCUUCAAAUAGUGGAUUUAGCAGCGUGGAUGGGUUUUUGGAUUCUCCUAGUAGUAUUAUUCAGGUCCCUGAUUUGAGUAGUGAGAGUCAAUCCGUGUGGCAGUUUCAGAAGGGGGUUGAGGAGGCUAGUAGGUUUCUUCCCGCUAGAACUGAGUUGUUUGUCAAUCUAGACACGAAUGGAUUGUCUUCUCUGGAUCCGAAGGGUGGGGCUCCUACUGAGGUUUCAGUCAAGGUGGAGAAAAAGGAUAAUGGGGAAUUUUCACCCGGAGGCUCUAGGGGGAGGAAGAACCCUUAUAGGGAGGAAGAAGAUGUCGAAGAGGAGAGGAGUAGCAAGCUAGCGGCUGUUUACAUUGAAUCCACUUUGCGAUCAAAGAUGUUUGAUCUUGUGCUGCUUUGUGGUAAUGGGGAUGGUAAGUGUCAUUUGUCAUCUUUCCGCGAGACCUUGAGGAACGGACUUAGCAAAAGUAUGCAAGAAAAUGGUCAAUUAAAAGGAUCAAAUGGAAGAGGAAAGGGUCGUGGUAAGAAACUUGGUGGGAAGAAGCAGGUAGUCGAUUUGAGAACUCUGUUGAUCCAAUGUGCGCAAGCGGUUGCAGCUGAUGAUCAUAGGACUGCAAAUGAACUGCUAAAGCAGGUUAGGCAGCACUCCUCACCUUUUGGUGAUGGAAAUCAACGAUUGGCUAGUUGCUUUGCGGAUGGCCUCGAGGCACGCUUGGCUGGUACAGGUAGCCAGAUUUACAAAGGCCUUGUUAGCAAAAAAACAUGUGCUGCUGAUAUGUUGAAAGCUUACCGUCUUUACCUUGCUGCCUGCCCAUUCAGGAAGAUGUCUAAUUUUCCAUCAAAUAAGACAAUAAUGCAGAUAUCAUCAAAAGCAACAAGGGUUCAUGUCAUAGACUUCGGUAUCCUUUAUGGAUUUCAGUGGCCCACCUUUAUUCAACGCCUCUCAAUGAGAGACGGUGGACCGCCAGAGCUUCGGAUUACUGGAAUAGAAUUUCCCCAACCUGGCUUUCGACCAGCGGAGCGAGUUGAGGAAACUGGACGCCGCUUAGCAACUUAUGCGGAGACUUUCAAAGUGCCAUUCAAGUACAACGCAAUUGCAAAGAAGUGGGAAACCAUUACAGUUGAGGAACUCAAGAUUGACAAGGACGAAGUCGUCGUAGUUAAUUGUUUGUAUCGGGGAAAGAACCUGCUCGAUGAGAGUGUGUCGGUGGAAAGCGGAAGGAAUAUGGUUCUUAAUUUAAUAAGGAAAAUUAAUCCUGAUAUCUUCAUCCAUGGGAUUGUUAAUGGAGCUUACAAUGCACCCUUCUUUGUCACCCGGUUUCGGGAAGCAUUGUUUCACUUCUCAGCAAUAUUCGACAUGCUCGAAACUAUUGUACCUCGUGGGGAACCAGAACGGAUGCUGAUUGAGAAAGAGAUCUUUGGCAGGGAGGCUUUAAAUGUCAUAGCUUGUGAGGGCUGGCCAAGAGUGGAAAGACCAGAGACAUACAAACAAUGGCAAAUCCGCAUCAUGAGGUCCGGGUUUGUACAAAUCCCUUUUGGAAGGGAUAUUGUGAAGAGGGUAUCUGAGAGAGUAAGGUCAACUUACCAUAGGGACUUUAUAAUCGAUGAAGAUGGCGGGUGGUUGGUUCAGGGAUGGAAAGGGCGAAUCAUCUUCGCCCUUUCUUCGUGGAAACCUGCCUAAGAUAUUCAUAUUUGGAAGGCUCGGCGAGUGCUCUGGGUCUGCCUCCAAGGUUCAGCAUUCGAAAGGAGAGUUACAAUUGAGGAUCAAAGGCUAGUGUUGUAGCUGUUUUUGAUGGUUUCACGAGAUCUGCCUUUUUGGUCCUGCUGAGAUAAUGCCACUGUAAAAGGUGCUUAGUCCUUCACUUACAUAACCAUGUAACAAUUUGUUUUACACGUCUUGUAUUUUUAAUAAGAAGCUGCUUCAUCUUUUGGUCAAAUGGGGUAAUCAGCAAACAAAAAAGAAAAAAGGUUCUGCUUGUACAUGAAGUCAUAAACCAACCCUUUUCAGCUCAAUAAAGCAGAGAAGAAGAUGCGUACGAGUUCUUAUGAGUUGCUCUCUCUCUCUCUCUCUCUCCUUUGUAGUUUCUUCUUGCUUUGCUCUUUAUUGGGCAGUUUCAUUCACAUGUUUUAUGAAAUGGAUGUUGAAGAAUCAGAUGCUUUCAAGGCAUUUAAUCAAUCUAUAAUACUUAUAUUGGAACUUUUUGUUUAA